GGUUAUAGGCAGAUCCCCUCCCGAGAAAAGCAGGAGAAAGACCAGCAGGGCAUCCGCUCUGCCCUUCUCCGGCUCUCUCGCUGGAUCCUCCGGAGCCCCUCUGUGUGCUGCCUGGAACGUGAGGGGCACGCAGCAUGGAGUGGGGUUACCUGUUGGAAGUGACCUCCUUGCUGGCCGCCUUGGCGCUGCUGCAGCGUUCCAGCGGAGCUGCGGCUGCCUCAGGCAAGGAGCUGGCUUGUCAAGAGAUAACAGUGCCACUAUGCAAAGGCAUCGGCUACAACUACACUUACAUGCCUAACCAGUUCAACCACGACACGCAAGACGAGGCGGGCCUGGAGGUGCAUCAGUUUUGGCCGCUGGUAGAGAUCCAGUGCUCUCCCGACCUCAAGUUCUUCUUGUGCAGCAUGUACACGCCCAUCUGCCUGGAGGACUACAAGAAGCCCCUGCCUCCCUGCCGCUCAGUGUGCGAGCGAGCCAAGGCCGGAUGCGCACCCCUCAUGCGCCAGUACGGCUUCGCUUGGCCAGACCGAAUGCGCUGCGAUCGACUGCCAGAACAGGGCAACCCAGACACUCUCUGCAUGGACUACAACCGUACUGACCUCACCACGGCUGCGCCCAGCCCGCCGCGCCGCUUGCUGCCUCCGCCUCCUGGCCAACAGCCGCCCACAGGCAGUGGCCACGGCCGCCCGCCAGGGGCCAGGCCCCCAUCUCGAGGCAGGGGGGGAGGCGGCGGGGACGCGGCGUCGCCCCCCACCCGCAGCGGAGACGGCGGGAAGGCGCGGCUCCCUGGCGGUGGCGCGGCGCCCUGUGAGCCGGGCUGCCAGUGUCGCGCGCCAAUGGUGAGCGUGGCCAGCGAGCGGCACCCUUUGUACAACCGCGUCAAGACUGGCCAGAUCGCCAACUGCGCGCUGCCGUGUCACAACCCCUUCUUCAGCCAGGACGAGCGGGCCUUCACCGUCUUCUGGAUCGGUCUAUGGUCUGUACUGUGCUUUGUGUCCACCUUCGCUACCGUGUCCACCUUCCUCAUCGACAUGGAGCGCUUCAAGUACCCUGAGCGGCCCAUCAUCUUUCUCUCGGCCUGCUACCUCUUCGUGUCGGUUGGCUACCUGGUACGCCUGGUGGCGGGGCAUGAGAAGGUGGCGUGCAGUGGUGGCGCUCCGGCUGCGGGCGGAGGGAGCGGCGCGGGCAGCUCAGCUGGGGCGGCGGCGGGCGCGGGCGCCGCAGCGGCGGGCGCCGGCAGCCCGGGCGGGCGCAGCGAGUACGAGGAGCUGGAUGCCGUUGAGCAGCAUGUGCGCUACGAGACCACUGGCCCGGCCCUGUGCACGGUGGUCUUUCUGCUCGUAUAUUUCUUCGGCAUGGCCAGCUCUAUCUGGUGGGUGAUCCUGUCGCUCACGUGGUUCCUGGCAGCGGGCAUGAAAUGGGGCAACGAGGCCAUCGCCGGCUACUCGCAGUACUUCCACCUGGCCGCGUGGCUCGUACCCAGCGUCAAGUCCAUCGCUGUGCUGGCGCUGAGCUCCGUGGACGGUGAUCCGGUGGCAGGCAUCUGCUACGUGGGCAACCAGAGCCUCGACAACCUGCGCGGCUUCGUGCUGGCGCCGCUCGUCAUCUACCUUUUCAUAGGGACUAUGUUCCUGCUGGCCGGCUUCGUGUCGCUCUUCCGCAUCCGUUCGGUCAUAAAACAGCAGGGCGGCCCCACCAAGACGCACAAGCUGGAAAAACUUAUGAUUCGCCUAGGCCUCUUCACCGUGCUCUACACAGUGCCCGCCGCCGUUGUAGUCGCCUGCCUCUUCUACGAGCAGCACAACCGCCCGCGCUGGGAGGCCACGCAUAACUGCCCGUGCCUGCGGGACCUGCAACCUGACCAGGCACGCAGGCCGGACUACGCGGUCUUCAUGCUCAAGUACUUCAUGUGCCUGGUGGUAGGCAUCACUUCGGGCGUGUGGGUCUGGUCAGGCAAGACGCUCGAGUCGUGGCGGGCCCUGUGCACUCGCUGCUGCUGGGCCAACAAGGGCGCCGCAGUGGACGGAGUUGCUGGCCUGAGAGAUGCGGCUGGUCCCGGCGGGGGCGCGGGAGGAGGGCGGGGCGGCGGAGCGGGCUCCCUCUACAGUGACGUCAGCACAGGCUUGACGUGGCGAUCUGGCACGGCCAGCUCCCUGUCCUACCCAAAGCAGAUGCCAUUGUCCCAGGUUUAAGUAAAGGGGGUGGGGCUUUCCCUGCUCCGGACAAUGAAGCUGCAGCGAGGAAGCCAAGUGCUGUGAGGGGACACUCCACGGGCUGGAGCUGAGGUUUCCAGCCCUUCUCCUUGUUGACUGCUAUUAGUAUGAUAAUGAACUCUUAAUGGUACCCAUUAGCUGGAACUUCAAUGUCUUGCUUAGAACAAAGUUCCUGGCCUAGACCUCCCAGCCCCAGCCCCCUUUCCUCCAUUGGUAAGUGAGGAGCAGGAGCCCUGGAGGCGUUAAUUUUGGCAGAGGAGGGUGGACUCUCCAGCUUUCCAAGACCCCAAGGCUUGGAGUCCUCAUUGGUUGCCGUUUGUUGAGCUUGAAGCCAGAUCUAUAGAUUUCACCUGAGAGACCUAUUUUUCUCCUACGUUAACUCUUAUUCCUUAUGCAUCCUAGAGGAGGGAUGAUUGCGACCUACCGGAAUUGUAUGGUUUGGCUAUUCUUCAUGACCGGGCAAAUGCCUUAAGUGAAUUAAAAAGAAAUGUCUUAAUUAUACACCCCAAGUAAAUACGGGUUUCGUACAUUAAAGGAUGUAUUUAUAUAAUUAUUUGUUGAAUUGUAAAAAUUGUAAAAUAUGUACAUAUCCAGAGAUAUAUAGUCUGUACAUUUUUUUGUAAAAAGUAUAGAGGCUACUCCUGUACGAACAAAUCUAAGUUUUCUAUUUUGUCAAUAAAAUGACUUUUGAUAAAUGA